GUCAGCUGAGAGGAGGGUCAGUGUGUGUGUGUGUGGGUGUGUGUGUGGGUGUGUGUGUGAGGCUUGCGGUGUUUCACUUGGUCACAAUCGAUCAGACAGUGAGUGGGUGUGUGUGUGUGUGCGGAGGAUGUGAGAUCAACAUGGUCAGGAGGCUCUGUGAAGACUAGAGAUCAUCUGAAAGUGAGCACCAUGGCCUGUCUCCAGCUGCUCCUCCCGCUGAUGGUCAGCUGCGUGGCGGCGUCCGAACGGCCUCCUCGCCAACUCCCAGCAUGCCAAGUUGUCCAGAUGGAUGUGUUCUGCAGCGAUCUGAGCCUCAGAAGUGCACCGGUCGACCUUCCUCAUGGCGUUCGAAUGCUGGAUCUUUCCCUGAACCAGGUGCAGAAUCUCUCGCAGGGAACACUGGCGUAUCAAAACGGUUUCCACCACCUGAACCUCCGCGCCAACAAGAUCCACUUCAUCCAGCCGGGGCUCUUCAAAGACAUGACGGAUCUGAGAGUCUUGGAUCUGUCCAGGAAUCAUUUGAAUGUGUUCGCUCAUGCCAAAAUCAACAUUGGGCCUCUCACAGCUGUGGAGUCGCUCGAUCUGUCGAACAACGGGCUGUACACGGGGAUGUCGGACUACCUUUUAGCCGAUUCUCCGUCACUAAUGGAUCUUUCUCUGAAUGGCAACAGCAUCACCAAAAUAGCCCAUAACACCUUCAGCGGAUCCUCAUCGCUUAGAAGAAUCAGCCUCCACAAUAACGUCAUCUUGGAGAUUGAAGACGGAGCGUUUGAGUUCUUGAAGCAUUUGACUGAACUCGAUUUGUCCAAGAACUCGAUCACGUGCAUCACAGAUUUUAACCUUUGCAAUUUGAAAGUCCUCAAUCUGAGCAAAAACAGCGUGGAGUUCUUCCACAGCACCACAUCGACGGUCUUCUAUAAACUCACUCAUCUUGAUUUGAGUGAAAACAAAAUGCUCUAUUUCCCUCUUCUCCCCAGAAACAACAUGAUUGAACAUAUUGAUGUUUCACGAAACCAUCUUCAGAGCAUCAACGUCACAGGAGGUCUUGAAAAGAAAACACAAGUUUAUUUCCAUUAUCUAAAAUACCUUGAUAUGAGUUACAACCAACUCAAAAGCAUUCCUGAGUCGUUCUUUCACUGUAUGGGAUUUCUGGAGGUGCUGAAUGUGAGCAAUAACUGCAUCAACUCGUUCUCUAUCACCAACCCAGGCCUCAUGCAGACGGUGAAGAUCAUCAACCUCAGUUUUAACUCUCUGCAGAGCCUGACAUUUGGGGAAAACACUCUGCCGUCGCUGGAAAAACUCUUCUUGCAAGGAAACGACCUCACCACCCUGGAUCAUGGAAUAUUUCAAAGACUACCCAGCAUCAAACACCUUCAUCUACAGCAGAAUGAUCUGGAAAUCUGUUCCUCGGAGAAUGAACCCCAGGAUUGUGUCUCCUUUACUUCCAUACCGACCUUGCAAUUCCUGAAUUUGUCUGAGAACUAUUUAAGGGUUUUGCCUGCGAACGCGUUUGCCAACACCUCGUUGAAGUUACUGGAUUUGUCGCUAAAUCCUGGGCUAGAAAUGGACAAAGACUCCCUCUCUGGUUUGGAGCAUACCCUAAUCCACCUCCUUUUAAAAGAAAACAACAUUUCCAGUUUAAACACAGACUUGUCGUCGCUGAAGAGUCUCAAACACAUCGACUUAUCCACAAACCAGCUGACGAAUAUACCCGUGUGGAGCAAAGACUCGUCCAUAGAGUCGCUGAACCUGCAGAACAAUAACCUCGUGACGCUGAAGUACAGCUCCAUGCUCGCUCUGGAACAUUCCCUAAAAACUCUCUACAUGGGCUCCAACCCUUUGAGCUGCUGCAGCAACCUCGACUUCCUCCAGAUGGUGCAGCGUUCGGCCGUGGUCGUACCGGACAUCGAGACGGUCACCUGCGUUCACGAGGAGUAUUCAGAACCGGUGAACAUUGAGAAGGUGACGCUCGAAAUGUGCCACAUAUCGGGCGUGCAGAACUACGUUAUCCCUGUAGUGGUGAUAGCGUUGGUUCUGUUGAUCGCGAUGGCGUUGUUGGUUCGAUAUUGCCAGGCGAGAAAACGAAAGCACAUCCGAACCUUUACCGCCUAAUGAAGGAAUAUAUGUUUGGGACUCUGUUGGUGGUUUUUAAUGAAGAGACAGUAGAAACACUUGAAUGUAUCUGCCCAAAGUCUUCUGAAGGGACAAUUUAAAGACUUGAUUUGGGUUCAUCACCACCAUCUUUGCCACUAAAGUGAAGGAUUUGAGUCGGGACACACAUGAAGGAACCACGAUGUCUGGACACCUGUCAAUCAAGACAACUUGUGAUAUUAUAGAGAGGGGAAGACCCGCCCCUUACAUUGGAUCACCAUGGGACCUUAUUUCGGAAAGAUAUAUGUACGCUAAAAGCCAGAGAAAAAAGAUCUUUGCCUCCUGUUUGAGUCCAGGAAUCAUGCUUAUUGGAAAAGAUCAUUUGACAGGUCAAGAAAGUUGCAGUUUGUCAUUUAACUUUAGGUAUUAGACGUAUCUAGAAAGACACAAAUGUUGCGUAAAUGUUGCAAACUACUAUCUCACCGAAAGAUAACGUUAAAUGUUUUCUUAGAACAUAGCUACGUUAGCUCAAAUGUACGGUCAUCGGUAGUUGAAAGCAAUAGACAAUAAUACAUAAAUAAUAACUAAAAACGUCGUAAAUGUUGCACCUUUCUCACCCGCCGGAGUAGCUACUAUAUCUGUGAGUUUUGUACCAGGAUGUAUUCACGCACACUUGCUCCUUUUUCACCAUCCUGAAAAUACAUCACGUAAAAUAACGUUACUUUGCUACAUAGCUAAGCUACAUGGCAAGCUAGCAAGCUAUGUAAACUAAGCAAACUAAGACAACAACAACAACAACGCAACUUUCUUAACUUGCAAAAUGAUCUCUUUUAAUCGACAAACUUUACAUGUUUUUACGAAAUAAAGUCGUAUUGCACCAGAAGAGAUAUUUCUGAAAUGAAGACUACAGGAAAUCUUGGACUUUUAAAGGACUUUUAAACAGCUAGCAUUCCUUGAUCUGAUGUUCAUUUGAGGAACUGCAACUUUAAAGAUUUAUGACUGAAAUUCCCAGUCUGCUUAUCAAGCCACGUGCUAUCUAGUGCAAGUUUAUUGAAUGUGAAAAAAGGAUUUAGACACUACACUUCAACACUGUUCACCGUACCAUGAAAUGCUAAAGCAAUGGGAAUGAUUUGCUUUCUUGUUGAUUUAGAAGAUGUGUAUCUGAGAGGGGAUUUUGUCUGUAAGCUAAAAAUGAAGAAACACAAACACUACAACAGGUUGUGAAACAAAACACUCUUUUCACGUACAAGGAAGUAUGGUUUAAUGAAUAUAUAGUAUGUCACAAAGAGGUUGUAUAAAGCAAUCCAAGCCGUCCCUUCACCCUUUGUGUAGUUUGCACUUUAAAUGUUCUUCUUAUUUGUGUGACUGUAUAUUGUGACUUUUAACACUAAGAAAUAUGUUGUUAUUUGACACCAAGCUGGACAUUUAAAACAUAUUUUAUGUAUUGAUCCCAGGCCUGUGGAAGUACAUCUAUUAAUUUGACAUGGCUAAGCACUGAAAUUAAAAUAACUGUGAUACUUUGAAGUACUAAAUACACAUAAUGUAUAUUUUUAGAUAACAAAUGAAGAUGAAAUCCAGCGCUGUAUGUAGUGGGCUACACUGGGAUCCACUCUUUCAUAACAUUUUAAUUUGCUUGUCGAGUUUAUUUGUCUCAUCCUGUGAUGUAAUGUAAUGUAAGCAAUAUUUUGUAACACAUGAAGGCCAUUUUCUACUCUGUGUGAAACAAUAUGUGUGAUAAAAAACAUUUAAACCUC